AUGGAUUUGCGUGUUCGAGCACUGCGAUCAGUCCAAAUUCCUCCACAAUCCCCUAUGGAGGAAGGCACAAUGACCAUAGCUCCUGUGCUUCCAUACCGCAGUUCCACAAUGCCUGAAAACCUGUCUGUGCGACUUAAGCAUCCAAAUGUUCUCUGUGCUAAUUCAUGGUUAAAAAGGAGUCCUAGUGAUCAUUCAGAUCACCCCACUUUAAGUCUUCGCUGCUCCCGAUAUCUGGAUGUGGAAAAGCGCCGUAGUCGACCUGCCUCUUUGGCUCCAGAAGUCAAUCACAUAGAUAAAAGUCUUCCUCCGCCUCUACCACCGAAAAGAAUAAGCUCGCAAACAUCCAAUUUAACGAUUUUAUCCCUGAAACAGAAAGAAUUUGGUACGGAAACUAGUGAGGAUGCCUGUCUGACUUUGUGCAAAUUUGCAGCACCAAAAGCCUUUAAUUUGACUUUUAUUAGCACAUCGAUGUAUUUGAAGUAUAUUUACGCAGAUUUUUGGGUUGUUCAGCUAUUUACAUAUGCUGAGCAUGGAUUAUGCCCAGAUCUUUUAAGGUCGCAGGAAAAUAAUGUUCCAAUGCGUGUAUUGGGUUCAUCUUUUCCAUUUACGAGUUGCAUUUUGGAAUUUUAA